UUGAUGUCAAAGGACGCGUUACGGCGUCGGUCAUACGGCGCGUAUAAUUAACAAGGAUUUCAGUAAUAAACUAAUUGUUGCAAAGUCAGUUCCGGGUUCAGUGAUUUCUAAUUUCCAUCUUUGCCGUACUUUCGCGCUGCUUCAAGUGUCGUUGCUGCUGCUAACGCCAUACAUAUUUAUUGUUUUUGUGUUUGUUUGCCAUUACUUUUUGUGUGAAUAGCGGUUUUUGCCUUGCAUUCUAACCAUACUUUUUAUCGAUAAACCGUCACACGUACACACACACACACAUAUACACACGUACAAUAUCACAAUAUUACGCGUGCGCGCACUCGUUUACUCAACGCCCUUUUUACUGUCGUCGUCGGCAGUCGGAAGCAAGUCUGCUUUCGUCACCGCUCAUUGUCAUCGCCGCCAGCCGCCUCUGCCACUGCAAUGCCGAAAGAAGAUCCAUUCGUAAAUCGCGCCCAAUUGCUAAAAGCUAUCAAAAAGUAUCCAGAGAUAUGGGAUUCGAAUAAUAAGCUGCAUAUGUGCCGUAGCGUCACCGCGCCCAUGUGGAACGAGAUAGCCGAACAGUUUGGCGGACACGUUCCAACAGUUAAACUGCAGUCCAUCUGGAGUCAAAUGAAGUACCACUACCACAAUCUUGUGCAUCGCCAGAUCCUGCACAAGGAACGUUUCACUACUAAAUGGGAACAUUUUGAACCGAUGUCUUUCAUGUAUAACAUCACUGUGGCGAAGAUAGUAGGUGCUGCUGGUGCGGCCAAUGAUGGCAGCCAACAGCACUUGCAGUCCCCGACUGCAGUGUCACUCCCGACGCCACCACCUACACCAACCACACCACAAACGCAAGGGCGCGGACGACCAAGUGGUAGCUUUACAUGGCUACCGCAACCGCCACAACUACAAACGCAGCAGCAACAAGAGCAGCAACUACAACAGCAGUUGGUCCAGACACCUUUGCCACAACAAGAAACGCAUGAACAGCUGGCGUCACUUGGCGGUAUACCCCAAUCAUUGCUCACUUCGACGCCACUAACACCUCAGACUGAGAUCAGUGUUGAGACGAGCCCCUUUAUUGGUUUCACCGGGCUUGUGCCACCAGCGGCUAUAACGGUAGAGGCUACUACGACACCAAUGCGCAAGCCGGGACGCCCUGGAUCGAUGAACAACAGCAUGCGCGGACGUAUUAUUGACGUGAUCAAAGCGCAUCCACCUUUGUGGGCGGGCCGACAGCAAGAGGCUGUGCCAGGGCAACGAAAGGCGCAAAAUCGUACGUCGGCGGUGUGGAAGGAAGUAGCGGCUGAGUUGGGACUGACGGCAAGUCUCGUACAAACACGCUGGUCCAUUAUCAAGCAGCGCUAUGUGGAUGAAUUGCAGAAAGAGCGUCGCGCUCACUUCACUCAACAGUCGUUCCACUCCACUUGGGAGCACUUUGAACGCAUGGACUUCAUGCGUGACAUACUCAUCAAGAAGGUGGACGAGCGUGAACAAACUCGUGAACAGAUACAAGAAAUCGUCAGCGAACAUCAACAGCUGCAGUCAGCGGCAGCACAACAUAUGCGUUACAUGCGUCUGGGUAUGCCGCCACCUAUGAGCAUGUUGGGCGCCACUUCAGGCGUGUAUGAAGACGGUGGAGUGGUGGGCAUGGUGCCUUUGCAUCAAGCAAGCAGCUUAGUCGGCGCUGGUGUCGCGAGUAUGGGACGCCGUGGGAUCAGUUCCGGUGGUGGUCGUGUAAAGGCCGAAUCGGACCUAGAAUGGGAUCCAUUUGAGAUGAUACUGCAUGUGCAUGGCACUGAGCCGGCAGCUAACUGAAUGCGAGGUGUUGCAGGGUAAAUUAAAGAGAAGAAAAUGGCAAGAUAAAAAUGAGAAAUUAAAGUUUUUAAUAAUAGGAGACGCUAGAUUUACAUAUAAGUAAGGAAGUAAAAUAAAUCAAUGGAAAUGAUCCUGGGGAUAUAAAAGAUACUUUACGCAAAACAAAAGAAAAAUUCUGAAAAGUUCACUUAUAUUCAUAUGUAUGAUACUAUGGAUGCAGUAAUCGAAAAGUAUUCGAGUGAAACAAGCGAGUACGAAUAGCGAACCGAUUUGCCGAUAGUAUCUAAAAUUCGCUAGAUUUAA